CACCCAUAUUGUUUGUAUAAAAGCAAUGCAAAUGUUGAAUUAAGCCAUUUGCAUUUGGCCACUGUUGAACUCAGUCUUUCGGAUGUCUGUCUUUCUUUGCACACUGCUGCUUAUCUUUCAACUUCAUGCAAAGGCAGAAAAGCAUCUUUGCCGAAUGAUGGGGGACCCGAAGUACCCGUUGCUAUCCAAGGAUGGAGACGUAAAUAUUGGAGCACUUUUUCCAAUCCACAACAUAGAGACAUUACCUUCAUUUCAGUUUAAACAAAAACCUCAGCUUUUUUCAUGCUCAAGUGUGAGUCUGAGAGAUUUUCGAAUGGCUCAAAUCAUGAUCUUUGCCAUUGAGGAGAUUAACAGAAGUGAACGUUUGCUCCCAAAUGUUUCUAUUGGCUACCGAAUUUAUGAUACCUGUGGUUCAGUGCUAUCUUCUAUGGGUGCAAAUAUAGCUUUAAUGAAUGGUCAAGAAUUUGCAUCAGGGGACAGAUGCAAUGGACAGUCUCCUAUUCAUGCUAUCAUAGGAGAAACGGAGUCAUCUAACACAGUCAUUCUGUCCAGAACUACAGGACCUUUUAAAAUUCCAGUGAUAAGUCCCUCAGCCUCAUGUGAAUGUCUCAGUAAUAGAAAAGAUUACCCCUAUUUCUUCAGGACUAUCGCUAGUGAUUACCACCAGAGCAGAGCACUAGCAUACAUAAUCAAAUACUUUGACUGGUCUUGGGUGGGAGCUGUGAACAGUGACAACGAUUAUGGAAACUAUGGAAUGGCAAUAUUUCUGAAUACAGCCAAGAAGGAGGGGAUUUGUGUGGAGUACUCUGUAAAAUUCCAAAGAACAGAGCCUGAAAAACUCAAAAAUGUGGUAACCACAAUAAAAAAAGGCACUGCGAAAGUAAUUGUCGCAUUUCUAACCAAUUUUGAAAUGAACAAUCUACUUGAUCAAUUAAUUAUUCAGAACAUUACAGGCCUUCAAGUAAUUGGUGUGGAGGCAUGGAUAACAGAAAACAGUAUGGUCAUUCCAAACAGUUUUCAUGUGCUGGGAGGAUCAUUGGGGUUUGCAGUGAAAAAAAACAAUAUUGAAGGUUUUGCAGAUUAUGUCAUAAAAGAAUUCUGGGACACAGCUUUUCCAUGCUCACAGACUGAGGGGAAUUAUUCUCAAUAUGAAUUAAUUUGCAAUGCAUAUCAAGAUCUCCUUGUGUUGAAAAGUGACAAUGAAGAUGUGCCUGAACAAAGAUAUGCAAGCAAUGUUUACAAAUCAGUUUAUGCUGUGGCUCAUUCACUACACAAUCUACUAAAGUGCAAAGAAAAAGACGGUUGUGAAACAGACCUGAAAAUACAACCAGAGCAGGUGGUUGAGGCUCUAAAAAAGGUAAAUUUCACCAUAAAGAUGGGAGAUUAUGUGUGGUUUGACAGCACUGGUGCAGUUGUAGCCCAAUAUGAAGUUGUUAACUGGCAGCAGGACUCUAAUGGAUCAAUCAUGUUUAAACCAGUGGGAUACUAUGAUGCCUCACUGGCCCCUGGCCAACAAAUCAUGCUCAACACUGACAACAUAAUCUGGGCUGGAGGACAACUGGAGAAGCCAAGGUCUGUGUGCAGUGAGAGCUGUCCUCCAGGCACUAGGAAAGCUGCACAGAAAGGAAGACCUGUCUGCUGUUAUGACUGUAUUCCAUGUGCAGACGGAGAAAUCAGUAAUGAGACAGAUUCAAAUAACUGCAAGCAGUGUCCAAUGGAAUAUUGGUCUAAUGCUGAGAAAAAUAAAUGUGUGUUAAAGGCUGUCGAAUUUUUGUCAUUCACAGAACUUAUGGGUAUAGUUCUAGUCUUUUUCUCACUGUUCGGAGUAGGCUUAACUGUAAUGGUGGCCAUCCUGUUUUACAACAAGAAGAACACCCCCAUAGUUAAAGCCAACAAUUCAGAGCUGAGCUUCCUGCUGCUCUUCUCAUUGAUUCUUUGUUUUCUCUGUUCACUUACUUUCAUUGGUCAGCCCACUGAGUGGUCCUGUAUGUUGCGUCACACAGCGUUUGGGAUCACUUUUGUCCUCUGUAUCUCCUGUGUUCUGGGUAAAACAAUAGUGGUGUUAAUGGCCUUCAGGGCUACACUUCCAGGAAGUAAUAUCAUGAAAUGGUUUGGGCCCGCACAACAACGACUCAGUGUUCUUGUAUUUACACUUGUACAGGUUUUUAUCUCUGUGCUAUGGCUAACAAUAUCUCCUCCAUUUCCCUACAAAAAUAUGAAAUAUUACAAAGAAAAGAUCAUUCUUGAGUGCAGUCUUGGUUCUACUGUAGGUUUCUCUGCUGUUUUGGGUUAUAUUGGCUUACUGGCUGUCUUGUGCUUCAUGAUGGCUUUUCUGGCUCGCACACUGCCUGAUAAAUUCAAUGAAGCCAAAUUCAUCACAUUCAGUAUGCUCAUAUUCUGUGCUGUAUGGAUCACAUUUAUCCCAUCUUAUGUCAGUUCUCCCGGAAAAUUUACUGUAGCUGUAGAGAUAUUUGCCAUUUUAGCUUCAAGCUUUGGUUUACUAUUCUGCAUAUUUGCACCAAAAUGUUAUAUAAUCAUGUGUAAGCCUGAACAAAAUACAAAGCAGCAUAUGAUGGGAAAGUUUAACAAAUAAACUGAUUUAAAUGAACUUUUUCAAUGCUAUAUAUGUGGACAAAGCCAUAACAAUUUAAACGUACAAAGUAGCUCUGUAGGAAGUAUGUGGUCAAUGAGCUUGUGUCAGUCACCAUGUUCUGUAUGUUGCCGGUUUUCAUGUUGCUAGGAAUUUAGGAUAAUUUCUGACAUUUCAUACUGAUGGCUGUUGUAAUGGCAUUUUUAUGGUGGUAUCUUAAUUGUUGUAAUAUGUGUAAAACAGAGCUGUUCCUUGCAGUUUUACAGAUAUAGUGUUAAAAUUGGUUCUUUUCAUUGGAAGAGAUUGCAGCAGAUAGUAGCCUAAAUAAUCUUUUAUUUAAAUGAAAAACUUCACUGACAAAUGUUUAUUGCUUGUGUGUAUCUCUUUUACCCAUCUAAAAGCGCACUAGAUAUUUGGAUUUGUAGUGCAAAUAUAUGGGAAAAAAUAUCUGGCCAAAUAUAUUUCAAAUAUAUGGUAAAUAUAUGUUGUUGUCACGGUCACCGCCUGCCCCUGUCAGUUCCCGGACUACACUUCCCACAAUCCUCCCUGUCAGUCCCAUGUUCACGACACACCAAUCACCUGUUGCCACAUCCACCCUAGCACACCACACUGAUCACCACACCCAGCUGCAGCUCAUUAACAGGACUAUAAAGGACUUCCAAACACACCACCUCACCGCGAAGUAUUGUUAACAUCCCGUUGCAAUUUCUGAGUGUUAUUCCCUGUUUGCCUGUCUGUUCCCGACCUUGUCUGUUUUCCCGUUUUGAUUCCCUGCCGCCGGCCCCUGGACCCUUUGGAUUGUUUAUUGUUCUCUGGUUUUGUGAUUGCUAUCUGCCUGCCUUUUGACCCACCGCCUGUACCCUGACUACGACCCUGCCUGUCCUUUGCUGUUCCUGUUUGCCCCGAUUGACUCUGCCUGUACGACCAUUCUCACUGUAAAUAAA